AUGAGUUUGAAAAAUGUCAUCCGAGCUCGAUUCCGUAACUCAGAUAAGUCUGAGAAAGUGGGAAGUGGUGAAGACAAGGAAGAAGAGGCAACGAGUUGCUCCACACCAACAAAUGUCUCAUGCCGCAAAAUCACUCGACCUGGUAAAAUGAAUAUACCAGAAGAAGAUACAUUUGAAUCCGGUUCUGCUGAACGAGAGACAGAAAACAGCAGCAUAUCAGGACAAGGAUCCGUACAAGGAUCUCCAGAAUCUCCAAGAUCAGAAUGCAUCCAUCCACUGAGCCCAGAAGACCGGAUCAGUUUUGAACAACAUUUAACGCAACUUCAAGAGCAAUUGGUUGCAAUCAUGAUGGAAAACCAAGCUUUAACAACUGAACUAAAUGAGUACAAAAGUGUAUGCCAACUUGAAAAAGUUAAACAAGAACUAGAUUAUGAGAAAAGUCGAAAUCAGUUAUUGGAAGAAAAAUGUCAAACUUUAGAAAAGCGAAGAAGAAAAGUUCAAAGAAGCAAGUCAGAUGCAACACACCAUACAUGCCCUGAGGAAACAGAUUGCCAUGAUAUAAAGGAACGUUCUCUUAAAGAGGAUGACCGAGAAGGCCCAUCUUCUUUUCUACCGUCAUCAAUUUCUUCAUUUCUACUGUCAUCAAUUUCUUUUCUAUCGUCAUCAAUUUCUUUUUUUUUCUACCGUCAUCAAUUUUUUCAUUUCUAUCAUCAUCAAUUUCUUCAUUUCUACCAUCAUCAAUUUCUUUGUUUCUUUUCUACCAUCAUCAAUUUCUUUGUUUCUUUUCUACCGUCAUCAAUUUCUUCUUUUCUUUUCUUUUCUAUCAUCAUCAAUUUCUUCCUUUCUUUUCUACCGUCAUCAAUUUCUUCCUUUUCUUUUCUACCGUCAUCAAUUUCUUCCUUUCUUUUCUACCGUCAUCAAUUUCUUCCUUUCUUUUCUACCGUCAUCAAUUUCUUCCUUUUCUUUUCUACCGUCAUCAAUUUCUUCUUUUCUUUUCUACUGUCAUCAAUUUCUUCCUUUCUUUUCUACCGUCAUCAAUUUCUUCCUUUCUUUUCUACCGUCAUCAAUUUCUUCCUUUCUUUUCUACCGUCAUCAAUUUCUUCCUUUUCUUUUCUACCGUCAUCAAUUUCUUCUUUUCUUUUUUCUUCUUUUUCUUUUCUACUGUCAUCAAUUUCUUCCUUUCUUUUCUACUGUCAUCAAUUUCUUCCUUUCUUUUCUACCGUCAUCAAUUUCUUCCUUUCUUUUCUAUCGUCAUCAAUUUCUUGGUUAUCAUUUUUCACUAUUUCAUAUUCUGCAUUGAAUGAUUUCAUUGAAGUAAAAGUAGUUGGUCCAAAGACACGUUGGCAACGUGUUUGGGAUUCGAUUGUUUGUCAAAUCUAUGAGAUCAUCAAUGAUUUUUCUGAAGUGCCAGAAUCUGUUCCUGAAGUGGAUACUGAUGGUGAUCCCCUGACUGUAAGGAAGUUAAAGAAUAAUAUUACCAGGUUUGGUGCAGUGACACAGCCCUAUAUGAACACUAUCCAAGGCCUCAAAAACCUUGUACAGUGGAAAUCUCCAUCUUAUACCCUUUUCGUUUUUACCGUUUACAUGUAUUCAACUUGGAAUGGAUUGCUUCUCCCAGUUACACUUUUUCUAAUUCUCUUCAGACUUGCCAUUAACUACAUGAGAUACAAAGGCUGGAAUUUAAAUCUUCAUUACCUUGAUCCUGGGGAAGAAGUGAAAGAAUCUGAGGAUAAAGACAAAGGUGUAUCUGACAAAUUUAAUGUUGUGCUUCAGGUAGCCAAGAAAGUCCAGAAUACCCUCGGUGCCUUGGCAGAUACGUUAGAAAAAAUAAAUAGCCUAUUGACCUGGCGUUACCCCCCUGCCACUAAACAGCUCUUCUCUGCCAUUUGCCUAGCUUUUAUUGUAUCAUGUCUCUUUGAAGCUAGCAUGAUAUUCUAUGUAAUAGGAAUCCUUAUUGGCAUCAAGUUAUUCAUUAUUGAUUAUAUGUUUGAACACUUUCCACGGUUUAAACAGAAAUAUGACUCAUCACAUCGGCUUUGGGAAAACCUUCCAACUGAAGCAGAAUUUCGAAAAAAAACAAUGCGCGUUCAAAUUGAUAAGCAUAUUCUUCCAUUGAAUCAGUUUGAAGAUAAAGAAGAGAUUGACCAAACCAUGGAUUUUAUGACUGACAAUGAUAAAUCAUUCUGUGAACUUUUCAAUCUUCCUCAUAGUGAAAACCCAUUACAAGGUAUUGUUUUUCUUUUCUCCUCUUUUCUUUUCACCAUUAUUUCUUUUCUCCUCUUUUCUUUUCACCAUUAUUUCUUUUCUUCUUUUUUCUUUUCGCCAUUAUUUCUUUUCUUCUUUUUUCUUUUCACCAUUAUUUCUUUUCUCCACUUUUCUUUUCACCAUUAUUUCUUUUCUCCUCUUUUCUUUUCUCCUUUCUUCUUUUCACCAUUAUUUUUUUUCUCCUCUUUUCUUUUCACCAUUAUUUUCUCCUCUUUUCUUUUCACCAUUAUUUCUUUUCUCCUUUUUUCUUUUCAACAUUAUUUCUUUUCUCCUCUUUUCUUUUCACCAUUAUUUCUUUUCUCCCUUUUUCUUUUCACCAUUAUUUCCUUCCUCCUUUUUUCUUUUCACCAUUAUUUCUUUUCUCCCUUUUUCUUUUCACCAUUAUUUCUUUUCUCCUUUUUUCUUUUCAACAUUAUUUCUUUUCUCCUUUUUUCUUUACAACAUUAUUUCUUUUCUUCUUUUUUCUUUUCACCAUUAUUUCUUUUCUCCUCUUUUCUUUUCACCAUUAUUUCUUUUCUCCUCUUUUCUUUUCUCCUUUCUUCUUUUCACCAUUAUUUUUUUUCUCCUCUUUUCUUUUCACCAUUAUUUUCUCCUCUUUUCUUUUCACCAUUAUUUCUUUUCUCUCUUUUUCUUUUUUUUUCUUUUCAACAUUAUUUCUUUUCUCCUCUUUUCUUUUCACCAUUAUUUCUUUUCUCCUUUUUUCUUUUCAACAUUAUUUCUUUUUUUUUUUUCUUUUCCUCCUAUUUUCUUUUCACCAUUAUUUCUUUUCUCCUUUUUUCUUUUCACCAUUAUUUCUUUUCUCCCUUUUCUUUUCACCAUUAUUUCUUUUUCUCCUUUUUUCUUUUUCACCAUUAUUUCUUUUUCUCCUUUUUUCUUUUCACCAUUAUUUCUUUUCUCCUUUUUCUUUUCACCAUUAUUUCUUUUCUCCUUUUUCUUUUUCACCAUUAUUUCUUUUCUCCUUUUUUUUUCUUUUCACCAUUAUUUCUUUUCUCCUUUUUUCUUUUCACCAUUAUUUCUUUUCUCCUUUUUUUUUUCACCAUUAUUUCUUUUCUCCUUUUUUUCUUUUCACCAUUAUUUCUUUUCUCCUUUUUUUUUUCUUUUCACCAUUAUUUCUUUUCUUUUUUUUCUUUUUUCACCAUUAUUUCUUUUUCUCCUUUUUCUUUUCACCAUUAUUCUUUUUCUCCUUUUUUUUUUCACCAUUAUUUCUUUUCUCCUUUUUUCUUUUCACCAUUAUUUCUUUUCUCCUCUUUUCUUUUCACCAUUAUUUCUUUUCUCCUUUUUCUUUUCACCAUUAUUUCUUUUCUCCUUUUUUCUUUUCACCAUUAUUUCUUUUCUCCUUUUUUCUUUUCACCAUUAUUUCUUUUCUCCUUUUUUCUUUUCACCAUUAUUUCUUUUCUCCUUUUUUCUUUUCACCAUUAUUUCUUUUCUCCUUUUUCUUUUUCACCAUUAUUUCUUUUCUCCUUUUUUUUUUUUUCUUUUCUCUUUUUCUUUUCACCAUUAUUUCUUUUCUCCUUUUUCUUUUUCACCAUUAUUUCUUUUCUCCUUUUUUUCUUUUCACCAUUAUUUCUUUUCUCCUUUUUUCUUUUCACCAUUAUUUCUUUUUCUUUUUUUUUUCACCAUUAUUUCUUUUUCUCCUUUUUCUUUUCACCAUUAUUUCUUUUUCUCUUUUUUUUUUUCAUUUUUCACCAUUUUUUCUUUUCUCCAUUAUUUCUUUUUCUUUUCACCAUUAUUUCUUUCUUUUUUCUCCCUUUUUCUUUUCACCAUUAUUUCUUUUCUCCUUUUCUUUUCACCAUUUUCUCCUUUUUUCUUUUCUCCAUUAUUUUUUUCCUUUUUCACCAUUAUUUCUUUUCUCCCUUUUUCUUUUCACCAUUAUUUCUUUUCUCUUUUUUUCUUUUCACCAUUAUUUCUUUUCUCCUUUUUUCUUUUCACCAUUAUUUCUUUUUCCUUUUUUUUCUUUUCACCAUUAUUUCUUUUCUCCUUUUUUUCUUUUUCACCAUUAUUUCUUUUCUCCUAUUUUCUUUUUCACCAUUAUUUCUUUUCUCCUUUUUCUUUUCACCAUUAUUUCUUUUCUUUUUUUUUUUCUUUUCACCAUUAUUUCUUUUCUCCUUUUUUCUUUUCACCAUUAUUUCUUUUUUCCUUUUUUUUUUUUUCACCAUUAUUUCUUUUCUCCUUUUUUUUUUUUUUCACCAUUAUUUCUUUUCUCCUUUUUCUUUUCACCAUUAUUUCUUUUCUCAAUUUUUUUUCUUUUCACCAUUAUUUCUUUUCUCCUUUUUUUCUUUUCACCAUUAUUUCUUUUCUCCUUUUUUCUUUUCACCAUUAUUUCUUUUCUCCUUUUUCUUUUCACCAUUAUUUCUUUUCUCUUUAUUUUCUUUUCACCAUUAUUUCUUUUUCUCCUUUUUCUUUUCACCAUUAUUUUUUUUCUCCUUUUUUUCUUUUCACCAUUUCUUUUCUUUUCUUUUCCAUUAUUUCUUUUUUCUUUUUCACCAUUAUUUCUUUUCUCCUUUUUUUUUUCACCAUUAUUUCUUUUCUCCUUUUUCUUUUUCACCAUUAUUUCUUUUUCUCCUUUUUCUUUUUCACCAUUAUUUCUUUUUCUCCUUUUUUUUUUUUUCACCAUUAUUUCUUUUUUUUUCCUCCCUUUUUCUUUUCACCAUUAUUUUUUUUUCUUUCCUUUUUUUCUUUUCACCAUUAUUUCUUUUCUCCUUUUUUCUUUUCAUUAUUUCUUUUCUUUUUCUCCACCAUUUUCUUUUCUCCUUUUUUCUUUUCACCAUUAUUUCUUUUCUCCUUUUUUCUUUUCACCAUUAUUUCUUUUCUCCUUUUUUCUUUUCACCAUUAUUUCUUUUCUCCUCUUUUCUUUUCACCAUUAUUUCUUUUCUCCUUUUUUCUUUUCACCAUUAUUUCUUUUCUCCUUUUUUCUUUUCACCAUUAUUUCUUUUCUCCUUUUUCUUUUCACCAUUAUUUCUUUUCUCCUUUUUUCUUUUCACCAUUAUUUCUUUUCUCCUAUUUUCUUUUCACCAUUAUUUCUUUUCUCCUUUUUUCUUUUCACCAUUAUUUCUUUUCUCCUUUUUUCUUUUCACCAUUAUUUCUUUUUUUUUCUUUUCCUUUUUUUUUUUUUCUUUUUUCUUUUCUAUUUUUUUUCACCAUUAUUUUUUUUUUCUCACCAUUAUUUCUUUUUUCUUUUUUCACCAUUAUUUCUUUUCUCCUUUUUUCUUUUCACCAUUAUUUCUUUUUUUUUCUCCCUUUUUUUUUUCUUUUUUCACCAUUAUUUCAUUAUUUUUUCUUUUCACCAUUAUUUUUUUCUCUAUUUUCUUUUCACCAUUAUUUCUUUUCUCCUUUUUCUUUCACCAUUUUUCUUUUUUCCUUUUUUCUUUUCACCAUUAUUUCUUUUCUCCUUUUUCUUUUCACCAUUAUUUCUUUUCUCCUUUUUUCUUUUCACCAUUAUUUCUUUUCUCCUUUUUCUUUUCACCAUUAUUUCUUUUUCAUUAUUUUUUUUUCUUUUCACCAUUAUUUCUUUUCUCCUUUUUCUUUUCACCAUUAUUUCUUUUCUCCUUUUUUUUCAUUUUUCACCAUUUUUUCAUUUUUCUCCUUUUUUCUUUUUCACCAUUAUUUCUUUUCUCCUUUUUUUUCUUUUCACCAUUAUUUCUUUUCUCCUUUUUUCUUUUCACCAUUAUUUCUUUUCUCCUUUUUUCUUUUCACCAUUAUUUCUUUUCUUAUUUUUUUUCCAUUUUUCACCAUUUUUUCUUUUUCCAUUAUUUUUUUCUCCUUUUUUCUUUUCACCAUUAUUUCUUUUCUCCUUUUUUUUUUCACCAUUAUUUCUUUUCUCUCUUUUUUUUCUUUUCACCAUUAUUUCCAUUUUUCUCCUUUUUCUUUUCACCAUUAUUUCUUUUCUCCUUUUUUUCUUUUUCACCAUUAUUUCUUUUCUCCUUUUUUUCUUUUUCACCAUUAUUUCUUUUUUCUCCUUUUUUUCUUUUUUCACCAUUAUUUCUUUUUCUCUUUUUUCUUUUUCACCAUUAUUUCUUUUCUCCUAUUUUCUUUUUCACCAUUAUUUCUUUUCUCCUUUUUUCUUUUCACCAUUAUUUCUUUUCUCCUAUUUUCUUUUCACCAUUAUUUCUUUUCUCCUUUUUUUUUUCACCAUUAUUUCUUUUCUCCUAUUUUAUUUUUCACCAUUAUUUCUUUUUCCUUUUUUCUUUUCAUUAUUUCUUUUCUCCUUUUUCUAUUUUUUUUUCACCAUUAUUUCUUUUCUCCUUUUUCUUUUCACCAUUAUUUCUUUUCUCCUAUUUUCUUUUUCACCAUUAUUUAUUUCUUUUCUCCUUUUUCUUUUUCACCAUUAUUUCUUUUCUCCUUUUUUCCUUUCACCAUUAUUUCUUUUCUCCUUUUUUCUUUUCACCAUUAUUUCUUUUUUUCUUUUCUUUUCCAUUAUUUCUUUUUUCCUUUUUUUUCACCAUUAUUUCUUUUCUCCUUUUUUUCUUUUCACCAUUAUUUCUUUUCUCCUUUUUUCUUUUCACCAUUAUUUCUUUUUCCUUUUUUCUUUUCCAUUAUUUCUUUUCUCCUUUUUUCUUUUCACCAUUAUUUCUUUUCUCCUUUUUCUUUUCACCAUUAUUUCUUUUCAUUUUUUUUUUUUUCACCAUUAUUUCUUUUCUCCUUUUUCUUUUCACAAUUAUUUUUUUCUCCUUUUUUCUUUUCACCCAUUUUUUUUUCUCCCAUUUUCUUUUUCCACCAUUAUUUCUUUUCUCCUUUUUUUCUUUUCACCAUUAUUUCUUCCCUCCUUUUCUUUUCACCAUUAUUUCUUUUCUCCUUUUUCUUUUUUUUUCUUUUCACUUUUUAUUUCAUUUUUCUCCUUUUUUCUUUUCACCAUUAUUUUUUUCUCCUUUUUUUUCUUUUCAACAUUAUUUUUUUUUUCUCCUUUUUCUUUUCUCCUCCUAUUUUCUUUUCACCAUUAUUUCUUUUCUCCCUUUUUCUUUUCCUUUUUAUCCUUUUUUGCUUUUUUUGUCCAUCGGCUUUCCUGAAGCUCAACUAAAUGGAAAACUCUAUCUUACUCGAAGUUUUCUGUGUUUUGAGAGAACAAAAUUUCCUUCAAGCAAAAACCUUGUCCUGCCUCUUUCAGAUAUCAUCAAACUGGAACGUGCUAAGCCAUAUCCUUGGUUACCUGGUGGUGGCAUGGCAAUAGAAGUUACAAUGGCAGAUUCAGAAAAGCCUUAUAUUUUUGGUGCCUUAUUAAAUCGUGAAGAAUGUUACCAAAGUAUCCAGAGUGCUGGCUCUGCUGGAGGCUGGAACUGGGGCGAGCAGUCUUCUUCUGCCUCUUCAACCUCCUCAUCGUCAUCCAAUCUUGCAUCCACCUCUUCUCAGUCCAAAUCCUCUCCUCAUAAACGGCUUCACAGGAGCCACACGCUUCGAUUUGAUGAAACUGUCACUUAUGCUUACACAGAUACAGAUGUUGAUGACUGCUGA